GUGGGUGCACCAUUGUCACUCUAAGGUGGAAGAUCUGCAAGUUGCCCAUUCCGAGUGUGUUUUUGUGUGUGUGUGAGAGAGAGAGAGAAAGAGAGAGAGAGAGAGAGAGAGAGAGAGAGAGAAGAGAGAGAAAGAGAGAAAAGAGAGGGACAGUAGGGGUGUCUUGAUAGAUUGGACCUGGUUAAUCAUCGCACCGAGGGACACUUAAUUCUUGGCUGUAACCUGGAAGCAACUGGACACAUGGAUGACGGACUGCCCUGUCUGCCCGCGUAAGUUGACGAGGGACACAAACAUGGACAGUGACGAUUCAAUUCAGCGUAUUGAACGGGACCUGAGGGCCACUUUGCUGCCAAUGCUUGUUACCAGAGACUCUCUGGAGGAUGUCAAUGAGACCACAGGGAAUCAAUUUCAACAGCCUGACUGGCAGGUGGCUAUGUGGGCUUUGGCAUACUCGCUCAUCAUCCUGGUUUCUGUCACCGGGAAUGUGACGGUCAUCUGGAUCAUUCUGGCUCAUAGGCGGAUGAGGACUGUGACUAACUACUUCAUCGUCAACUUGGCUUUCUCCGAUGUUUCAAUGGCAACUUUCAACACUCUGUUCAAUUUUGUCUACGCGCUGCACAACGAUUGGUACUUUGGCCUGGGCUACUGUCGAUUCCAGAACUUCUUCCCCAUCACCGCCAUGUUUUCAUCCAUAUACUCAAUGGCUGCCAUCGCAGUGGACAGAUACAUGGCCAUCAUCCACCCUUUGAAGCCUCGCCUCUCCUCCACCUCCACCAAGGUCGUGAUCGCAGUCAUUUGGAUCGUGGCUGUCUUGCUGGCGUUCCCACAGUGUUAUUACAGCGUGACCAGAUUUUACUACCCCAGAACUGUUUGCAUGGUUGACUGGCCGGAUAACUAUGGAGGAACGCACCAACUCAGCUACCAGUUUGCUGUGAUUUUGCUGAUCUACUUGCUCCCCUUGCUGGUGAUGCUGGUGACCUACAGUUUGGUGGGCCAGACACUGUGGGGGAGCAAAAUCCCAGGAGAAGCGUCGGACCAUUACCACAGCCAGAUCACUGCAAAGAGAAAGGUAGCAAAGAUGAUGGUUGUUGUAGUGGUGACCUUUGCUCUCUGCUGGUUGCCCUACCAUAUCUAUUUCAUACUGGGAUCAAUCAACAGAGACAUUUACAAGCAACAGUACAUACAACAGGUUUACCUCUCCAUAUUUUGGUUCGCAAUGAGCUCGACCAUGUACAAUCCCAUCAUUUACUGCUGUCUAAACCAAAGGUUCCGUGCUGGUUUCCGCCAUGCCUUUUCUUGGUGUCCCUUCAUCAAAAUGUCAGAGGAGGAUAAGAUGGAGCUGCAGCACACACACACCUUCAGAGUGACCAUGACACAGAGCCUACGCAAAACCAACGCACGCUCCCCCAUCCAUGCAAUCAACGCAGAUGAUGCAAAUUGAAAACAAAGGUUGCGUACAAGG